AUGAGACUCAGUUGCUUUGUUUGCUUGUUACUAUUUCUCCUCACAGUUUCAAUGAAGUUUAAAGAGACAUUAUCCUUCAGAAGAAGAGAUAUGACAAAGCUUUCCGAAUACCAAGACAGAAUCCAAGAAAGACUCGCGAUCAUUCCCACUCUCCCGCCAUUGUCAUCUUCUUCUCACUUUCCCAAAAUAAUGGGGAAGGUGAUAUACCCGAUUGGUUAUGGAGCUGAUCCGACAGGUAGACUAGACAGUAGUGACGCAAUACUUGAAGCUUUAACCGACGCUUUCAAGUUGCAAUCCGGGCUUCACAUGAUGCCACAUGUAGCUGAUCUAGGAGGUAUGGUUAUUGAUCUCCAAGGUGGCCAUUACAAGAUCGGGAAACCUCUCAGAUUCCCUUCCUCCGGCGGUGGAAAUCUAGUGGUAAAAGGUGGGACAUUCCGAGCAUCGAACGUGUUUCCUGGUAACCGGCAUAUUAUCGAACUCGUCCCUCCACGCUCCGGGAUCUUCUUCGAGGACGUGACCUUUCGAGACAUUCUAUUCGACUCAAGCUUCAGAGGAGGGGGCAUUUUGGUAAUAAACUCAGCUCGUAUCCGUAUAACCGAUUGCUACUUCCUCCAUUUCACAACACAGGGGAUCAACGUCAAGGGAGGCCACGAGACAUACAUUUCAAACUCCUUCUUGGGACAACACUCGACAGUAGGGGGAGACAAACAAGAACCAUCGUUCUCCGGGACAGGAAUCGACCUCUCGAGCACCGAUAACGCCAUUACCGAUGUAGUGAUCUUCUCCGCUGGGAUCGGUAUCUCCUUGAGAGGAGAGGCAAACAUGGUCACGGGAGUGCAUUGCUACAACAAAGCAACAUGGUUCGGUGGGAUCGGCAUUUUAGUGAAGGCGCGUUUAACGAGGAUAGACAAUUGUUACCUUGACUACACAGGUAUAGUCAUUGAAGAUCCUGUUCACGUCCAUGUCACAAACGGUCUCUUCAUAGGAGAUGCGGACAUCGUCUUGAAAUCGGUACACGGGAAGAUCUCAGGUCUAAACAUCGUCAACAACAUGUUCAGCAGUACGUCGAGAAAAAAUUUCCCGAUCGUGAAAGUGAGAGGAAAGUUUCGUGAGAUUGAUCAAGUUGUGAUUGAUCAGAACAAUGUAUCAGGGAUGAUGUUGAAGUCAACGGUAGGGAAGUCAAAGGUUUCUGGGAAUGGGACAAGAUGGGUCGUUGACUUUUCACAUGUCUUGGUAUUCCCUAACCGGAUAAACCAUUACCAGCAUUCGUUUUUGGUUCGGUCUGGAAAGGUUGUUGCGAGUGCAGUGACAGAGGUUUCUAAUAAUGUGGUAGUUGUAGAAACUGAUAGAGCUGUAGCUGGAACUGUGUCAGUAGUUGUUCAUCAGUAA